AUGCAAGUCGACGAUACCCAACAACCCUUAAACUCUCGGAAGCCGGUGACACGUUCUCACAAUUCGACAAAGUCGCCAACAGAUGAACCCGAUGAAAAAGGGAUGGAGGUUCAAACGCACCACCUUUGGGUUGAACGUCAACGGUUGGAAUUUCCCAAAUACAAAUUCUAUCUUGACGAUAGCAUCAAAGGUAACGAUCGAGGUCGAAUCGGUCGAGCUAUCAAGAACCUUGGUGCCGUGGUGGAAUUAUUUUAUGACAUUGACAAGUUAACGCACAUUGUGACCGCGAGGAAACCUGAGAAGGAAAGAGAGGAGGAGGUGAAGCGACGUAUCCACGAGGAUGCUGAAGUUAAUCCGAGGACGACAGCGGAAGCGAAAGUCGCGCCCAACAAAAGACCAUUCGGUUCACUCACGGCCAACGCUGCGAACGAAUCACUCGGGAAGCGGAUCAAACCUGACGACCGUGAAAGAUUGGCCAUAAACGAACGACGGCAACUCUUUGGAUCGCACAAUGAUAACGCAACGAUGGAUAAUGAUGAUGACAUUGAUCUUGCUUUUGCACGCAAGAACGGGAUCAAGGUCUGGCACGUGGAUAAGUGCAUGAAUAUCAUCAAUAAGCUAUUGCCCAACACCGACAAAAGACGAGAAGAACAUUACUACUCAAUCUUUGUUGGAGACAGUGCAAAUAUCCGACGGCCCAUCUGUUCAAGAAGAUAUAUUGACGAAGCUCACUGCAUAGAUUUUCAUCAUGACCUUCCCGGGAACAAGUCACCAUUCCAGAGCAUGGCAAGUAGGAGAGAAAUCCUCGAGCUCGUCGAAAAAAAGAACCCGGAUGCCAACGAAUCCACCACCGAAAGUUCCAAGGCCGAAUCAAGGAAAUAUUGUGAAAAUUGUGAAGUGAGGUUUGACAGUCUCGCGGAGCAUCGUCAGUCCAAGGCACACGUAUACCUCGCGAGAUAUUCUCAAUAUUUCAAGGAAUUGGAUGAACUGUUGAGGGAACUACGGUGA